AUGAAUUUGAAAGUCUUACUUUUGUUAUAUUUUGUAAGUUUUGUUGAAAAUGGUCCUAUCGUUGGGACUAGUUUGGGUAAAAUUCAUGGUUCAAUCAUGAAAACAGUGACAAAUCGUAAAAUCAAAGCAUUUCGGGGAAUACCUUAUGCCGAACCUCCAAUUGGAAAAAAUCGAUUUGAAGCACCAAUAGCAAAGUCUGGAUGGAGUGAUAGUCUUCGUGAUGCAACAAUAGAUGGUUUUAUAUGUCCCCAACUUGGAACCCCUAAGGAAUUAUUAUCAGAAGACUGUUUGGUAUUAAAUGUCUACACAAAGAACCUGAAAGGCAACAAAUCCGUAAUAUUUUAUAUUCACGGUGGUGGCAAUGAAGACGGAACUGGACAUAGUUUAUACACAGGUCCACAAUACCUCAUGGAUCAUGAUAUUGUCUUGGUCACAUUUAAUUACAGACUUGGAGCCUUAGGAUUUCUGAGUACGGGAACAAAUCAAACUUCUGAUAACAAUGGUUACUUGGAUCAAGUUAUGGCUUUGCAAUGGGUUCAUGAUCAUAUUUCGAAUUUUGGUGGAAAUCCAAAGUCAGUAACACUUUUAGGCAUGAGUUCAGGAGCAGUUUCAACAAUUUAUCAUAUGGCUUCACCUCUAUCUAAAGGACUUUUCCAUAGAGUUAUAGCUAUGAGUGGAUCAGGAACACAUCGUUUUCCAAGAAAUAAUUUAUUUUGGACUAGAAAAUUGGCAAAAUCUACAUCAUGUCCAAUGUAUAAUUCUAAGGAUCUUAUUGAAUGUUUGAGAAAAGUUUCAUGGGAGAGAAUAAAUGAAGUUGCUGAGUCAUGGCAAACCUAUGGUUUUAUUGAUAUAAAAUGGACUUAUGAUAUUGAUGGGCAUUUUCUUCUUGAUACACCUGUAAAUAUAUUUGCAGAGGGUAAAUUCAACAAAGUUCCAUUAAUGACUGGAAUAACAAAAGAUGAAUUUACUAACACAGUUUUUCAUCAGAAAAAUAAUAUAGAACUUUUAGAUGAUAUAAGUAUGAAUUUUGACAAGUAUGCUCCAGAUAUGUUCCUCUAUGAACCAGAUGCUGAAAAAAGUCGCAAAAUUCAGGAAUUUUAUUUGAAAAAUCAAACAAUUUCGAAUCAAUCUUUAGAGAAUUUUGGAAGAAUAUUCGCAGAUUGUAUUGUUGGACAUGCAGUACAUAGAUUGUUAGAGUUGACACGAAAACAUCAGGAUGUAUUCUUUUAUCGAUUUGAUCAUUUAGGUUUGUACAGUGUUGGAGUUGAUGGUGAUGGAAAACCAAUUGGUCUUGUUUGUCAUGCUGAUGAUUUGCAGUACAUUUUCCCUGGUAUCAAACUUGGGGCACAAAAUGCACCAGAACAUACAGAAAUGUGGAUGGUGGAACGUAUUUCAGGACUGUUUAGUUCAUUUGCUAAAAAUGGUGCUCCCGAUGAUAUUUUUAGAUUGAAGUGGUUGCCAUCGAAUAGUACUCAUGUUCACACAAUGUACAUUGGUAGAAAUGUUACUCUUGGGCCAGCACCUUAUACAGAUAGGUUUCAACUUUGGGACACUUUGUUUCCUGUUUAA